AGUAGACGUAGAUGAGAAAACGUUAGAGUAUAGAUUUCUAGGUAGAUUUAUCGAGCCCGUUCCUUCGUAUUAGAUAGAUAUUGGUAGUCCUAGAGAUGCCCGAUGCGGCGCGACGUCAGACGAGCGUGAAGAGACAGCUUUCGCUCGGACCGCGAAACCUUUUCGCUUCCCGCCGAGGACAAGGCGUUGGACGACGAUGCUCGACGAUCGCCGAUGCUUUCCCAUUCCGUGUCCUGUGUUGCGCGUCUCUCUCUCUGUAUACCUUCUUUUCGUGGUUCCCCCGCCCGUCCCCUACGUUUCCCGCGUUCCCGGUGCUCCGCGAGAAACUCUCGGAGUCGUGAUCGACCGAUCGCAGCAAUAAAACGUUCCCCGAAGGUGUUCGGUUCGGCCGGGAAGCGUCGGCGAGCAUUCGAGUCGCGCGGGAGAGUUCAACGGAUUCGUUUUGUAUGUUACAGGGGCCCGAUCCUUUUCUCGUCGUCGAUCUCUCCCGCGAGCGAACGCGGACGACGCGCGGAUCCGAGAGUGCAACCGAUCGAGACGGAUCGAUCGCGGACUAAUUAUCGAUUGUCAGCGCGGAGCGAGGACUCGAGCCGAGUCGAGCCGAGUCGUGCCGAGUCGUGCCGAGUCGUGUCGUGUCGUGUGUCGCGUCGUGUCGCGUCGAGCGGAAGAAAAAGAACGAUUCGGAGCGAGGAGGAGACCGGAUACGGGAAAAUCACGGCCAGAGUGAUCACGCGGAGCGUACACGUAAAUUAUUAUAAAUAUUAAUGCAUUAAUAUUAUCGAGUAUAUACCUCUUCUGUACAUAUAAUUCAAGAAAACAACAAUAACGAGAUUAUCGAUCGUCGUAACGGUUACACCAAACACCGAGAGCAAAUGGCGUCUCGCGUGAUUCUCAUUUUCUUUCUUGCUACUGCGACAAUUAACGACGACGACGACGACUACGACGAUUAUCAUGACAACGACGACGUCGACGACGCUAACGAACGAUUAUGUUGCGUGGAUGAAAUACGAACGAAUAAUGUAAUUAUAUUAUCACGACGAUACGAUGUAGCGGUAUGAUCCACACCACGGUAUAAAUAUUAUAAAUACAUCAGAUACGACGAAGAUCACGUUGGCAAUGAGGAACGGUGAUUUUUAUUAUUGCCAUCAUUAACUGUUACCAUUAUUUUUCAUUGUCGUUGAAUAACAGCACUAUUUUCAGCGUCUGCUAUUCUGUGCGUACCCCUCGGUUGUCAUUAUUACUAUUAUUACCAUUAUUACCAUUACCGCUAUUAUCAUUCUGAUUAUCAGCAGAGCUACAAUCGUUGAUAGUGUCGCAACGCGACGCGAGAUAUUCCGCGGGCAGCGAAUGCGAGGUGGAGAGAGGAGGGAGCGAAAAAGGGUGAGCGAGUGUAUUUGUACGAGCGAACCGAAGCGUUGUAUCGUCCGCCGCGGUCCAACGCGCGCGAGCCGGCCGUGGGCGCGUAGCACGAAUCUUAACAAUUAGAUCUAGACACUGACAAGGGGUUCCUAAGUCUUCUGAAGGCGAUUCUUUCGAAUCGCGUUUCGCGAUUCAUAUAGCUAGUACGAACGAAACACACACACCACGGGUCUGUCGAGUGCACGGAAUCUCGCGACGGAAUCUCGCGACGGAAUCUCGCGACGGAAUCCGUCGAUCCCCCUUCGUUCGCCGUGCGAGGCUCCUGCUUUCGUCGCAGCGAUCACCGUUAACGGCUACAAUGGAAAACGCCGCGACGCGACCGAACGAAUCGAAACCUUCGGCCAGAAAACCUGCUCGAAAGGAUUCUCGUCACCGGCGCUUCUUCGACGUUCUGCCCAUAAACGAUCGUCCCUGUCGUUGUUUAUCGACAGAACCGAGCCGAGCCGACUCGAACCGAUGCUCGAGCGUUGCUGUUGGUUAAAAGUGAAUAAAACAGAACUGAGAAACCACCAUUUUCUUUCUCCGUACCCCCUGCACCCGUAGAUAGGCCCUGCGACGACCACCUCUCACGCGUUCCCGAUGAAUCCGAGCGGGAAGGGAACGAGUACCGUUUAUAGGUAUCCUUUCACUUGCUCUAUGAGCUGAAGGGCAAUGAGGCAAUGUAAGAGACCUGCAUUUCGAUCUUUGUUCUUCGAACGUAGGGGUUGUUGAGGUUCCUGUGAAUAAAACGAGUCUAAACACGAUGCAAAUCGAAUUAGUUUCAUCGAUUUAGUGUAAUUAAUAAUACUAACCCGGAGAUUCUGUGAAGUAACAAAACCUCUAGCAGAUGAAGCUAAAUUACGUGUUGCUUACAUAAUGAAAAUAAAGGGAACUGCGUAUCAAACUCUUUCCUGUUUGAGUAACUGAAUCAUUUGCUAUUUAGUGCUUCAACUAUGAAAAUUUCAAUCUCGAAAUGUCGGAACCGAUCAAACUAGUCUACAUCUUGUUUGGGCUUAUUCCGAAUCAGCAAUAUCGACAGUCCACUAGUACUACGUUCGAGAAAGUAAGAUCCAGAUUGACGAAAUUGAUAUUUCCUCUAUUGCAUGUUUAUUUAACGCGGCACUUUGUCCUCGAUCCUCGCUAGAUCGCCCAUCUCGUUCUCGAACUUUGUCGAAUUGUCAAUUCCAAUCAUAAUUAGAAAGAUACAGCCUACUGACAGUAAACGGUACACGCUUCUCGCCGCUAGUCUCUAGGUUCUCCAAACGACGCGAACAUUCAUGCUCUCGAACGUCCAUUCCGAAUCGACAGGUCGACAACUUCACGCGAAGUUUCCGAAGGGUCUCGACGACGAGACCCGGCAUUUUCCUUUAAUCGGAUUUCGAAACCUGGAGGAAGCUGGGGACGCCGGCGAACCCCUGCGCAGCAGGGGGUCCGCGAUGGGCGACAUCUUGCAAAGUUGGAUCCGAGCCAGGCUGGGCAUCGUGAUCGACCUCGGGCCCAAAGUGUUCGGGCACUACACGAAAGACGGCCGACUGCUGGCGCAGAUCCUGCACAGUUACGACAUAAUAAGCCGCGACCAGUUGCACACCAUAAUGGCGACCCACGACCCGGCGCUGUGCAGGGUGAACCUGAAACACCUGAGGUUCUGGCUGCGGUUCUUGGGGAUCGAGUGCGACCAAGAGAGUGUCGAGGAGAUCUCCUGCGGGAACGGCACCGCGUCGCUGCGCCUCUUCUACAAGGUGUACCUGUGCUUGGAGACUAGGGACAGGUUGCACUUCAUCACGCUGCAAAAGGAGAGGGAAAGGUUCGUGCCGGCGUCGCGAAAAUUCGACGUGAGCACGGUCAGCGAGGAUCCUCCGGCGUACGAGCCGCCGGAGCAUCCUCGCUCGAAGAAGCUGCUCCAGGGGAAGACGACCGUCGUCGGCUGGCACCGUUCCAAGUUCCCGGCGAUCCUCCGGAAGCUGAAACGAGAGAGACAGAUGCUGGAAGUGCCCGCUUGGGAACCGUACCCCGUCGUUCGGCCCAUCGAGCACAUCGUUUCCGAGGUAUUCGCGAUCUUUCUUUCCCCUCCUGUCCUCUCGACUCUUCCGGUGGACGCGUCGUCGCAGAGAUCGAAGUCCGAGGACCGCAGGAGGAUGCAAGAGAGCGCGGACGCGGACCGGUUCGCUCGCAGGACCGCGUCGAAGUCGAGAAAGACGGAGGACCAGCGCGAGGAACAUUCGGGAAACGAGUUCGUUUCGGUCGCGGAGGACCCGGAGAUGGCGAGGACCUACGUGGAGUGGUUGAAAUGUCGCGGCAAGCGUGCGGCGACCGUCUCCGCGCUGAAGACGAAGAUGCAGAAGGCGUUGAUGCACCAGCUCUGGGAGCGCAUCGCGGCCGACCAGGAGGACCGGCUCGACGAGGCGAUCGCGCGACGGACGCUCGACCAGUCCAGGUACGAGAAGCAGAUGAUGACGAAGCUGUGCGAGGUGCGCGAGCAGAGGAGCCGGAUGCUCGAGAACCAGAGGAUCCUCGAGGACAUGACGGAGAAGGCGAACGAGGUGGAGCACCUCGCGAGCAUCGAGCGGAGGAAGGACCAGGCGGCGAAGGAGCAGCUGGACGAGGAGCUGGAGUGCGAGAGGAUGUGCGAGCUGCGCCGCAGGCUGGCCGAGGAGAAGGUGCGCAGGCUGGAGGAGCGGCACAGGGACCUCUGCCGCGACACGGUGCAGGAGAUAGUGAACCUGGCUCUCAAGAUCGAGGACUACAAGCAGCUGAACACCGGGAUCGUGCCGCAGAGGAUACUCCGCGAGUGGGUCAACAAGUUCGUGAGAGGCGAGGCCGUUCUGGACGCCCAGUCGCGCGAGGAGGAGCGGAUCGACCAGACGACCGUCGAGGAAGCGUCCAGCGUGAAGCUCCAGCAGAUCGAGCUGCUGCGAGAAGCCCUCCUCGAGGACUAUCUCCGCGCGAGAUCGCCCUGGGACCAGAUUCUCCCAGAGGAAUCGACAACGACGCGUCUCGGUCGCGUGGUGCUGGGCCGCCUGGUGCAUCGUCUCCUGAAUUACGUCCACCCCGUCGACAGCGACGCGCCGACUCCGCCGGUCAAGUUCGACGGCGUCGCGAUCGUCCUCGGGCUGGCGAACCCUGCGGCUCAGGAGUCGCUCCGCCGGAUGCUCGGCAACAGCGGGAUCCGGCUGGUGCGGAUGGAGGACGCGAUCAACUACUGCCUCGAGCGGUACAAGAACGAGAUGCUGGACGUGGAGUACAUCGACGCCAGGGUGCUCUCCGCGACCGCCGAGUUCGUGAAGGAGCUCGAGAGCGGCAAGCGCCGGAUGUCCUGCCCGCAGCAGCGGCGCAGCGUGUCGGUCAAGUCCGCGGAGAGUCACGCGCGACGACGGAGCUGGUCUACGGGGUCCAGGCACCGCGAGGAGGAAGCCACCACCUUGGAGAAGCAGACGCAGACUCCUAGGAACAUCCCGCACGAGGACCUGGACCCGGUGCUCACCGAUUCCGCGUGCAUCGGCAAAUGGGCUUACGAGUUCCUCGCGCUGGGCCAGCCGAUCACGAACGAGCUGGCGACGAAGAUCCUCGUGGAGUACCUGAAGGACCUGCGCGGCGCCAGCGGCUGGGUGCUGAUCGACUACCCGAACACCUACGAGCAGAUGUCCCUGCUGGAGACCGCGCUGACUGGCUCCAAGAUACCGCCGGACCCCGAAGUGCUGGAUUUCGAGGACGUCACGGUGGAGGACGUGCAGUCGAUCCCGCCGAGGAUCGUCUACGAGGAUCAGAGGCGACCGGUCGACUCGUACAGACAGUCGAGACUCGUGCCGUGUCCGAUCAGACGCAUCCAGGAUAUCCCGACGCCCACGUUCGCCAGCCUGUUCGUCCGAGUGGCGCGGAAGCCUGCCGACUUUCAGAUGCAGGAUCGCUCGAGCGAGGAGCUGACUCGAGACUCCCCCUCCGUGGAUAAGUUCUACGCGUCCAGGAAGAUCGGUUACUUCCUCUACUACAACGACCUGAACGAGACCGCGCUGAAGAGACUGGCGAGACUCGUGAUCGGCGAGUCCUCGCAGAGGAAGUCCUCCGUCGAGUUGUUCGGGGACUCGCCGAGGAGCCACGAGCGCGGCAGAGCUCGCAGCACCGGCUCGAAGGCGCCGGUGAUCAGACGCAUGUUGCCCGAGUCGCCGGAGGUCGCCGAGCAGGACCAGGAAGUCGCGGAUCCGGAAGAGGAAGAAAUUGUACCGGAGGAAGCGCAGGACUACGAGUUUGAAGCAGAACCUCCGAAACCGGGCGAGGAGGACUGGGAGUGGAUCGACCUGCCCCUGCCGUCUCCUUUGGCCAAACUCCUGGCGAACCUCUGGGAUAGCGUCGAGGAGGCGUACGUGGAGAGCCUGAAGGAACUGCUGUUCCUGAAGAGCGUGCACGCGUCGGGCGUCGUGCCGUACACGGAGUUCCUCGCGAAGAACGCGGUAGAGUACAUCGCCAGGCCGGACAACAAGCAGGACCUGUUGAACGAGUUCCACCUGGCCUUCAACGAGAUCGACGACGACGCGCGGCACGACCAGGACGUCAAGUGCGAGCUGCACCGUCGGCUGGCCGACUUCCAGGGCACCCUGUGGGACCUCUGCGACAAGCGCAGGCAGGAGGCCGAGGAGGAGCGCAGGCGGUUCAUCGGCGACGAGUGGACCGUCUACGAGUCGACGGUCCUCUUCAACGUCUACGUCGGCGUGGCUCAGGCGGAGCUGGACCGGUGCGUCGACACGGUCAACCUGAUCCUGGAUUAUUACGCGGCGAUGACCGGCAGACUGUCGGACGCGCGGGUCCCUAAGGUGAUCCUGAAUCGGACGCCGAGCGACGUCGACGCGGACUCGACUGCGGCCGGGAAACCUGGUCGAAAGGAGAAGCGAGCCGAGGUCAAGUCCCAGUCGACGAGAACGUCCGUCGCGAUUCCCGCGCAGGUUCCUCCUGCGCUCGACCGAGCCCUCCUCCGCCAGCAGGUCGAAGAUCUGUUGACGGACAGGAGCAGAACGCCCGAGGACGCGGGCGAGAUCGACGUCGUCGAGCUGAUCGCGAAGAACGUUCGCUUCGCGAGGAACCUCGUCGACGAUAUCGCCGCGACGGUUCAGAGGCGGGAAGAGGAACACGCAGCGAGCGUCGCAGGCAAGAGCGUCUCGCCGAUCGGUUCCAGCCGCGAGCAGGACCUCGCGCUGGAACGCCGGUACGCGCUCGCCUACGAGAUCGGUCGGGUUCGCUGGAGACUGGAGUCGGUAGAGGCCGCGGCGCGAGGCGAUUUCGCGUUCUUGCUGGAAACGAUGCAAACCGCCUUCCAUCGGAUCUAUGACAACAUCUUGAACAGGUACUGGCGCGAGAUGAAGAGCGUCAACGAAAUGGUGAACGUGUUCUGCUUCGCGAUCGAGGACGCGAAGUACUUGGAGAAGGAGAUGCUCCUCGACGGCGACCGGUUCGUAGUUCGGUCGAACGUGUUCGUGAAGCGAGUCUCGGAGGAGGAACCAGCGGUGACGAAGGAGGUCGAGACGGGCUCGCGGUUCCGCGUGGCUCAGCUCUUCCGGCUGAUGGAGACGUUCCGGCGCGUGUCUCCGCACGGAGUGAUUCCGGAGCGCGCGUUCGUGCACAUUCUGCAGGAUCUGAUCAGCCACGACCUGACGGAAGUCGUCACCGUCGACCAGUUCCUCCGGACGUCCGUCUGGUUCCUGGAGUGCGUCGAGCCGCUGCGAGACGCGGCGCAGCUGCUGCGCGACGACUUCCAGCGGAGUCCCGAGGAGCUGUACGAGGAGGAGCUGUACCGGUUCGACCGCGACGGGAUUUCGAUCGACCAGACGCUGCGGAACUCGAAUCAGCGGCCCAAGAACUCCGGCGACUGCGUCCUCGGCGAGGAGACGCUGCGCCUGGCGCUGAUCAAGGAGUUGCUCUGCCGGAUGUACAUGAUCGACCGGCGCAAGGUCAACUACACCGCUCUGCUGUUGGCCUUCUGCAAGGCCGAGGACCCGCGCGAAGGCCUCGCGAAGGCGCUCGCGCUCGCGAUCGGCACCAGAAUCUGCGUUAGCGUGGAACAGGGCGAGCGAUACGUCGAUGACGUGCACCAGCGAACGCGUCGCACGGGUACCGACGAGUCGCGCGAAUCUCUGCCCAGAUCGAUUCGAGAGAUGGACGACCCCUCGACGACCGACUGCUCCACGUUCGGCGAGAGCGAGUACAAGUUUCAGAGGUCCGACGAGGAAUCGAUCGAGUAUUGGGUGCCCUUCGACGUCUGCCUCACGGUACUGUCCGCCACCUUGCCGUCGCAGGUUCCGAGCCCGGAAGUCUUCGGUCCGUCGGCGAACCUUCGGGAUUCUUUGCUUUCCGCGUACAGGGAACUGAGGGACGACGACCUCGACGACCAGGACGCUGUCCUGGCCCAUCGCUUGCUGAAUCACCGAUUCGUGAAGGAACUUUUGAACUCCACGAGCAAGUUCACCGCGAGGAACAUGGGGAGUAUCGUUCGGGAGAUUAUACUGUCCAGAUAGAGCGACCGUUCCGUCCUGUUGCGUUUAAGGGUGGAAGUUACAGGAGUUGCAGGAGUUCCGAGG